UAUGAAUCAAAAAUAUUGCUUUAAAUCUUAUUUCUCUUAACAAUGUACUUAGUUUUGGGAUAAUACUAAAAUUGAUAAAACUCAAAAAUACAUAAUGGAAAAUCUUUACUAUAUUUAGACUCCUUUUGAAACUAUACCUUGCAAUCUGAAAGUGAUAAAAAAAAACCUUGUGAUGGAGUAGGAUGAUGUAUAAUAUAUAAUUAUAAUAAAUAGAGAUAGUAUAGUACAAAUGUAGAAAAUGCAGGAUUGGAAUUAAUAACAAGUGAUUUCAAUAAUGAUUAGGGAGUAAGAAUAACAAAAGGAAAUUAUACUUUUGAAUUUUUUGGCAAAAUAAAAUCUAUAUUUGAUCAACUGAAAAAGACAAGCAUCUAGUUUAAUUUCACACAAAGGUAUACAAUAAAAAAAAUGAUUGCAAAGGGUACAUUCGCUACAGUAAUAAAUUAUAUUUAAUAUUAGAUAUAUUUGGCAGAGUGCAGAUUCACUUAAAAUGAAUAUGCUGUGAAAUGUUUUGAAAAACGACACAUUUCUAAUGAGAAAGAUAGAAAGAAUUUAACAAAAGAAAUGUAGAUACUUCGUUUAAUGAAUCAUAACUAAUUAUUAACUAUAUAUGAAGUUUUCGAAAACUCAAAUUACAUAUACUUCAUUUAAGAAUUAUUAAAAGGUGGAGACUUACAUGAUUAUCUGGAGAGAAGUGAGAAAUUAAGUGAAUUAAAGGUUUCUCAGAUAAUUUAUAAUUUAUUGAAUGGAAUAUAGUAUAUGCAUUCUUAAGGAAUACUUCAUCGAGAUAUUAAACCAGAAAAUUUGAUUUUAAGAUAAAAGAACAAUUUAAAUGAUAUAGUAAUAGGAGAUUUUGGACUUGCAGAUUUUUACAAAUUUGACGGGAACUAUUUAUAUAGAAGAUGUGGAACACCAGGAUAUGUUGCUCCUGAAAUACUUCGUGGAUAACCAUAUGAUUAUAAGGUAGAUAUUUACAGUAUUGGUGUUCUAUUAUACAUAUUACUAUCUGGUAAGAGACCAUUUGUUGGUAAGAAUAAUUAACAAACUGUUAAAUUGAAUGAGAUAGGAGAUAUUAAUUAUGAUGAUAUUGAUUGUAGUUAAGAAGCAUUGUCUUUGAUGAAAAAGAUGUUAGAUUCAUAACCAGAAAAUAGAAUCUCGAUUAUUUCAGCAAAAUAGCAUCCUUUUUUUAUUAAUGCUUAAAAACGAGAUACUCAAAAAUCAAAGGUAACUUUAAAGUUAGAUGUUAAAAGUAUAUAACAAUAAGAGCAAUUUUCAGUAUCACCAAUCUUGACUUCAAGACCAUUAAAUAGACAUUCAAUGAUAAAUAAUUUUACUAUUCAUACUCCACGAUAAUUGCCUAGAUUGAGUCAUGAUGUAAAAACAAUUAUAAAAACAGAAUAAAAUGAAAUACAUAGAUCAACUGUAUCUCGUCAAAGUCAUAGUAGAGCAAAUUUAAGAUUAAACAAUUAAUUCAAUAAUCUAAAUAUUUUUGUAUGA